AAAAUAAAUUAUUUUAGCUUGAUACUUAAUUACAAGAAUCGAUAUCCAAAAACUAUAGCUACAUUGCUCUACUUCAUUGCUACAUAUCCUGAUGAAUACUUAUUCAUCAUCCAAAUUAAUUCAAUUCUCCAUCAAGAAAUCAAUAUGUGUUCCUCCAAAUCAAAAUUGCAGCAGCAGGAGCCUAAUCACGCCCCUCUCUUAGAAAGGCGCAACAUAUAACAAAUUAAAAUAAGAGAAUAUACACAAUUAGAAAAAUUAGACCUUAUCCAUUACUAGUUUCGAAGAUGAGCAGAGGUGUAAAUGAGGCUACAAGAAAUUGUUCAUGUACCUCAAAAUACCGAAUCAAGAUAAUUUAAAAAAAAAAAAAAAAAAUCGAGAGUACAAACAACCAAAAGCACCAGUAAAAAUCAAGAUAAUCAGUCCCGCCCCGAACUCCACCGGCCUCGACAGGAUCAGACCCGCCCCGGUCACCGUGAAGAUCUUUGGAAAUCGAGGAGAGGGAUGGCAAAUUUGGGGAUCUAAGGUUUGGAAGAAACGGCGAAAUCACCGGAGAAGAAAGGAGAAGGAGCGGUCGCCUUGUUCUUCCCCGGCGAAAUCGCUGGAGAUAAGGAGGAUAGAGGCGGCCUUGAUGUCCGGCGCUUGGGCUGGUCAGCGAUGAUAGGAAGGAGAGGAAAGAGUAGAGGGAGACGACAGAACUCUCUAGAGAGAGAAACUGAAACGAAAAAUGAAGGAAAAAGUAAAAAUGUUUCCAAUCACGCCGUACGCCACAAAGUCGAUGUACAACUUGCAAACCAGAAUGCACAACUCGUGGAAGAAGCUCCUCCUCCUCUGCACCCCAUUUUCGUGCACGUCUUCUGCAUCACAACAACUCAUCACUACCACACCAUUUGCAUGAAUUUUGAGCUCAAACUUUAAAUUCCACUCGGAUUUGACAAAUUCAUUCGGUAUACAGACUCACAUACGUAUACCUUUUGAUUUUGAUCCAACUCUAGUGAGCUAAUUAUGGAGUUGGUCUGCUCAAAUUGUGCACACAUUUCAUCAUCGUUGCUGCCGCCGGCGAUUGGUUAUUCAAAGAGCCAGCUGAAUUAUGUGAAGUUGAACCGGAAGUCUUCAUCGUCUAAAGAUAGAAGCAGAAGGCGGGCGGCCGUUCGAGCUCAGAAGAGCGAUUCGUUGGUACAAGUCGAUAAGCUCCUCGGCACAAGCAGUAACAGCGCGCAGGACCAGCUCGAUAUUGAACGUGGUGUUUGUGUUCCCUUCCGGAAGUACACACCUCAAUCAGUGAGGAACAAAGUACUGGAGUCAAGAGGUGCAAUAUUAUCAUUAAUUGGUCGAGGAGUUGAAAUAGUGUGGAAUUUGGGCUUCUAUUGGUCUACCUUGUGGUAUGAUUUUCUUGUUGGUCGAGAUGAAGAAGUUGUUCCUUUCCGUGCCCGCCAACUGAGGAAUCUCCUGUGUGACUUGGGCCCUUCUUUCAUCAAAGCUGGGCAGGUGCUUGCUAAUAGGCCUGAUAUUAUUAGAGAGGAUUACAUGAAUGAACUAUGCAUCCUUCAAGAUGAUGUUCCCCCUUUUCCUAAUCAGGUAGCUUUUGACAUUAUAGAGGAGGAGCUAGGUCAACCUCUUGAGGCGGUUUUCAGCAAAAUUUCGUCACAGACAAUUGCAGCGGCUAGCUUGGGCCAAGUUUAUCGAGCCACUCUCCGAUCAUCUGGAGAGGAUGUUGCUAUUAAGGUGCAAAGGCCUGAGAUAGAGCCCAUCAUUUAUAGAGAUCUUUUCCUUUUUCGUACUCUAGCAUCAUUCCUGAACGGCAUCAGCCUGCAAAAACUGGGUUGUAAUGCAGAGCUUAUAGUUGAUGAAUUUGGUGAGAAGCUGUUGGAGGAGCUUGAUUAUACCUUGGAAGCCCGUAAUAUUGAGGAUUUCCUUGAGAACUUUAAGGAUGACCCUACAGUUAAAAUUCCUGGUGUUUAUAAGCAACUUUGUGGUCCACGCGUGUUGGUCAUGGAGUGGAUUGAUGGAAUCCGAUGCACAGACCCCCAGGCUAUCAAGGAUGAAGGAAUUGAUGUAAAUGGGUUUCUGACUGUUGGAGUGAGUGCUGCACUGCGGCAGUUGUUAGAGUUCGGUCUAUUUCACGGAGAUCCACACCCAGGAAAUAUCUUUGCCAUGCGCGAUGGACGAAUUGCUUAUGUUGACUUUGGAAAUGUGGCUGUCCUCAGUCAGACAAAUAAACAAAUCCUUAUAGAUGCUGUUGUCCAUGCUGUAAAUGAAGAUUAUGCUGAGAUGGCCAACGAUUUUACCAGGCUUGGUUUUCUAGCUAGUGGAACUGAUGUCUCCCCCAUAGUUCCAGCUUUGGAAGCCAUCUGGCAAAAUUCUGUUGGGAAAGGGCUGUCUGACUUUAAUUUCAGAAGCGUUACAGGCAAGUUCAAUCAGCUAGUUUACAAUUAUCCUAUCCGCAUUCCAGAGAGGUUCUCUCUUGUUAUUCGCUCUUUAUUGACUCAAGAAGGAAUUUGCUUCACCCUACAGCGUGAUUUCAAAUUUUUAGAGGUCGCAUAUCCUUACGUGGCAAAACGGCUCCUCACAGAUCCCAAUCCUGCAUUGCGUGAACGUCUUAUUCAGGUUUUGUUUAAAGAUGGGGUUUUCCAGUGGAAACGACUUGAGAACCUAAUUGUUCUAGCAAAGGAGAAUGUGGCAAAGAUGAGCAGCAACCCUGCAUUCACGCAAAGGUCUAGACAGCAACAAGUUGAAAAGAAAUUGGACCUCACAGACACCAUCAAGGAUGGAACUCGUCUCUUCCUGCUUGAUGAAGGAAUUCGUAGACAGCUUCUUCUUGCUCUUACUGAAGACUCCAAACUUCAUAUUCAAGAGCUCGUAGAUGUGUACAGACUGCUCGAGGACCAGAUUGAUGUACCUUCAGUAGCUCUGCAAGUCGCUCAAGAUCUUCCUUCUGUUGCUCGGGAUGUAAUGCUCUCGUGGAGCGCGUCGGUGUUAUCCGACAGAUGAGCUCGAUUUUGGUACUGUACUGCUCCUUCCUGCCUAAAAUCUAAUGUUUUCGUUUAGUUGCAGGAGUGUAUAUCAGUUUAAUUAACAUUUGUAUAUAACCAACAAUUUUCUAUAUAUAGUAAAAUGAGGUGGUCGAUCUAUUUAGAUA